CCUCAAUGGCUCGAGGAGCGCACGCGAGAGAGAGAGAGGGAGGGAGAGGGCUUGCGUGUUGUGAUCGUGGCGCACGCGCACACACGGCUGGGAGAGGAGGCUGCCGCUGCCGCCGCCGCCGCGUGUGGAUGUUCUCCGCCGCUCAUCCGGGCAUGAACAGCAAGCAUGCCGCGUGGCCACGGCGCCCGUGCCUCCAUCCAGCAGCAACAGCAACAGCAGCAGCAGCAUGAAGAGACGCCACGAAACCGGGCAGUACGAGCUGCCCAACCGCGGGGUGCUCGGUGCAAAGAGGGCACGCUUAGAUCUCAACGGGCCACCCACGAUGCCCGGCCACGACCCACUCGGACAAGAGGAGGAGGAGGAGAACGAGCAAGGGGAAGACGUGGAAGAAAACGAGGGCGUUUACAAAAACUAUCCGGGUCUUGCAGACUGGGACUGGGUUCGGGAUGUGGGACCGCACAGUGCGUCUGUGCCUGGGUGGCCGUCCCUAGGCUCAUCCAUCACCGAGCUCUUCAACGUGCCCGGGAGCGCGCUGCCGGGAUGCGAGCGCAAGUGCAAUGCGCCGUCGCUUGAGGACGGUCCUUCUGAUGGUGGCGGUGGCGAUGGUGGUGGUGGUGGUGCGAAUCGGAGAGCGCCGACCUACCGUGGGCUGAGCCGGAGAGGUCACGUCGCUGGGAAAGUUUGUGCUCGUUCACAUCCGGAGAUGUUCGUGCCGAGCGGAUCAUCUUGUGGCAAUGCGUUCCUCCGUGGAGGAUAUGGGGGGGACGAUGUGAUACUCGGAGAAAGCACGAUGCUCGGAGGACACGGAGGAGAUGUUGCACAUGGAGGCGUGAGAGGGCGUGGAGGCCAUGGAGAAGACGUCAUGUAUGGAAGGGUUGGAAGAUAUGAAGGAGCCAUGACACACGUGGAAGAUGGGAUUUACGGAAGAGAUGUAGCACGUGGAGGAACUAAAGAGUGUGUUGGUGGAGAUUUACCCCAUGGGGGAGAGGAAACACAUGGACAUGGUGCGCAUGGGCAAGGGGGAGGAUAUUAUGGAAAUAUGGCACAUGGUGGCAUUGGGGGACACGGGGAGGAUAUAACACAAGGAGGAGAUGGGGGAUAUGGGGGAAAUGUAGCACGUGGAGAAGAAAGGAGAUACGCGCAGGAUGUAACACGUGGAAGGCAACGAGGAGUUGGAGAAUUAUCCCAUGCGGGAGAAGGACGUGAAAGAGACGCGCCACAUGGAGGAUAUCCAGGGACCGUAACACAUGGAGUUGAAGACGUAACGCACGAAGGCACUGGGCAGCAAGGAAGACAUGGUGGAGACGGGGGACAUGGAGGUGUCACAUAUGGGGGUGAAGGCCAUGGAGGAGCUGGAGAAGGACCCGAGGUGGAGUGGUGGUGGGAUGCCAACUCCAGCCACGGCACACAGUUCUCCAAACCUCCAUCCUAUCACCCAGACUCUGAGCGAGAUAUACAUUGCAAUCAUCAGCAGCAGUAUCAUCAGCACGGAGGACCUAUGGUGCCAGGUCAUGAUCCUCCCGUGCACCAUAACAGUCUUCACACCAAUAAUCAUGAUCGAGAUUAUUAUCAUGACAAUAGCUAUAAUGUACAUCCUCAUCAGCAGCAGCAGCAAUCUCCGGAGCGACUACAGGUGGAGUGUAACGGCGGCCCGGCAGCAGCAGCAGCAGCAGCAGGAGGAGGAAGCUCCUUGCGGGACAUGGCGCUGGGGCUGGUGGUGCCACACAUGGAGAGAUUUGGAUUCUGUAUUCUGGACAGAUUCCUGGGAGAGGAGAGCGGCAGUUACGUGUUGGCCGAGGUGCAGGGCCUGCGCACGGCCGGGCUGUUGCGCGCGGGCCAGCUCGUGAGUCCGCGCCACGACUCGGCCGUGGUGCGCGGGGACCGGACGGCCUGGGUGGACGGCCGAGAGGCCUCGUGCCCCGCCACUGGCCGCCUGCUCGCCGCCAUGGACGAGCUCGUGGCGGCCUGCGGACGUCGCCUCGGCGGCUACACCAUCACCUGCCGCACUCGGGGCAUGGUGGCGUGCUACCCGGGCCGUGGCACGGGAUACGUGCGCCACGUGGACAAUCCCACGGGCGACGGACGCUGCGUCACCUGCAUCUACUACCUGAACCAGCGGUGGGAGGCCAAGCUGGGGGGCGUUCUGCGAAUCUUCCCCGGGGGAGGCCUGGAGGGGCGGCCGGCCGACGUGGAGCCCAGGUUCGACCGACUUCUCCUCUUCUGGUCGGACCGGCGGACGCCCCACGAGGUGCUACCCACGUUCGGCACGCGGUUCGCCAUCACCGUGUGGUACUUUGACGCAGAGGAGCGAGCCCGGGCAAAGCAGCGCUACCGGUCAACUGUCGGAGAGAAGGAGCCGUCGGUGCAGCUCACAGCCGCUCACAGCCAGCGAUGAUGGAUGGCGACAGAGUCUGCCAAACUGGAAGCCUCGGUCCAUUCGGAGGCACGAGGAGAGACACUCGCCCUACCCGCUUCCGAUUUCCACAGCCGGCUUGAUAAGAGCCAAAUAUGUGCCACAGCCGUGCCAGCGUGAAGCUGGCCAAUCACGUCUUUCCACGUAGCCGCUGUGACCACCAUCGCUUUCUUUCCAUCCUCCACAUUCCAUCCCUCUGUCCCUGCUCCUCCGCCUCCUCCUAACUCCUCCCUACCCCCUGCACCCUAGCGGCCGGCCCAGGAAGGGCACACGUUCGCCGGACAGGAAACCAGGCAAGGUCAAAGGGUCGCGUGACGGUCAGGAAGCAGAGCAACACAACUAUUGGUUUAAAAAUUGGAACAAUGUUGAAAUGUAAGGAUAGUUGUGUGUAUUAUGCAUUCAAAUGUUGUAGCUUUUUGAAUUGCGUUGUUUAUAAUUGGAUGACAAUUAUAGAAGCACAACUUUAGCAAGCUGAAAAAACGAAAUGUGUCAAUGAGGAACUAAUGGCGAAGCUGCCUACACAUGCAUGGGAUUUUAUUUUAAUGGGCAUUUUUUACUUAACUUUUCAAUUUUACUUUUGGAAUUUGCAUUGUGCAUUGAUGAUUAGUAAAACUGCAGUAUUGGGAAGGAGGCAUGCUAUGAAUGUUCGGGAAGUUUAAACAGGAACCUGCAUUAAGAAUGUUGAAUUACUAUAUUUAGUAAGCCUAGAGUACUUGAUUUCUGCAAUUCAAAGGGGAAAAUGUUACAGGAGAAAUGUUAUCUCCCAAACGUAGUAUUUUAAGAGACAUCACUGGCUUUAAAUCGCGCAGAUAUUACUUCUGGAUAGUGUGAAACGUACUUGAACCAAUUCCAUGUUCUGUUUUUCAAUUUUAGAAAGUGGUCGAUUUUAACCCACGCAUUAGAAGUUUGGGGUUAGAUGUAGAGGUCUUCGAGUUAAUAGGAAUGUGUCGGUAAUGUUCAGUGCACCACUAGUAGUGGGCCAUUUAAUCAAAUCUAUAAAUGCGGAGAAAACCCAUCGUAACAGCCGAAUAACACACGGAGAAGCGUGUACAAAUACCACUCGGUCUUUGUGCGAUAUGCUAAAUGCCACAGCAGCUCCUGAAGAACUGCAUUGUGGUCUUCUUGCCUUAGGUCACCAUCAAAAUACAUAUUAGCCAAUGUGACUGACUGGCAGAACCAUCGGCCAUGCCUGAUCUCCUGGGAGUACUGCAAGGAUGCCAUGGUGGGAUAAAUAUCCCAAAGCUGAAGAUUACACUUCCUCCAACUGCAUCCACAAGUCGCUACUCAGUCGAGCAAAUUUAAAUUUCAAUGACCUUUAUUAAAACCAAAGCGUCAUCUCGUCCGCUGCGUGCUCUAUUUUCUAAGGCACACCUAAGUCUUCUCGUUAUGUACCGAGUUUUUUUCUCAUUUUAAAUUUAACUGGGGGGUGGGGUGGGGGGAGGUUAAAUUUAGCUGGUCUGGGCCGGGAUGGUGCCGUGGUUAAAGCUCUCGACUCAGUUGAAAUUCCAGUCGGGGAGUUGGCUCAGUCUGUCGUUCCUCUGGUGGGGGGGGGGGGGGGGGGUCAAUAGAUCGCUUUGUGGGAAGGCAACAGCGGUUGUACUCCAGACAACGCCGGAUUAAGCUACUGCGGGACCUGUAGCAUAUGUUAUAAAGGGGCCCUAAAUUAUAUUUUUUGAAAACACAACUAUUAAAAUACAAAUGUUUAACUGGCAUAGUAAAUAAAUUGUAUUUCUUCAUUUGCAAUACAGCCAGACAAUAUGGCAAAGCACUAAACUUAAACACCCAGUCGUUCAUAAAAGUUGAAGGCGGUAUAGUACUACAGUAAUAGAGAAAGUGAAGAAUCACUGAACCGGAAUUGAUAGUUUUAAAGCAUUUAGCGCGGGGCCCUUGAAAGUGCGGGGCUCGUAGCUACUACAUAUGUAGCUGCUUUUGCUACGAGGAUAAUCCGGCACUGACUCGAGAACGCGGCCCCAGCCAUGGGAAAUCGACACUUUCACCACAAAGUUCAGAGGGCCACCAACGGGAGCAAGUUCCAGCCCAUGGCUCGAUUAAGUAGGGGGGGGGGGCACGAUUGGUUUGUGUUGUUACCUUGCAUUCGGAGCAGAGACCAGCACUUGUUCUGUGAUAUUCAUUUAAAAGUGUCACUGCCACGUGACCUUGCGUUUACUCGGAUCUUAAAAACCAAUUGUUUUACGCACAAACGCGCCCCAUUCGUCGCUUCUAGCUUGCAGAAUUUCAAUCCCUAAGUGCGAGACCGCGGUAAAGGCGACAAGCUCCACACGAGAGCGUAAACGUGCGCCUCCGCUUAAGCGCACGUGCUCAUCUUUUCGAGUCUUUAUUCCCACAGCAAUGACGUCUAGGCCCCCUUUGAAGGUGACGUACUUUCGUGGCGAUUCACCGUGCUUCAUCCGCUACUUCUUCCUGUUAAAUGUGAAUUGAUGUAAAAAAAAAAUUUGGCUGGUAAGCAAAGCGAAGAGGGCAAACUGUGGUGUCGUGAAUGCACAGGAACACCCGUUCUCCCCACAACCCGGAUUCACCAUUUUGGGGUGCGUGGGCUGGUUCACGAGCGCACGUGGAGAGGGGAUUUCCGAGAAUAACUGAUCGGUCCCUCGUCCAACCUCGGCAAGCAGCGGGGCAGUCCUACGUUGAUUUUGUUCAACCAGGCGAUAACUCAGCAGUGACCUGGGGCAUUAGUCUCGUUACAGGGAGCCGAGUGUCCUCCCGUGUACCUGUCUGUUGUGUCGUCUGUUGUGUAAUCAGUGUGCGCGCGCGUACGAGAGAACAAGUCAGCAAGCAGGGUGUCUAAAUUAUGGUGCGCAAAUGGUCACCAUUUUAUGGCUUUGAAAAGUAACCUAAACGUAUAGUGUAGUUUUAUUUUCUUAUAAGACGCCCAGCGUGACUGAAAGCUCGUGGUUAAAUGUCUCAAUAAAGACGGAACUACCCUUGAAACGGU